UGUGGUCUCAGCCUAUACGUACAGUGGAGUCCAAAUGUCUAAGUAGCCUAUACUUAUAGAGCACAAAUACUCUUAUUAGUAUGUUCUAUAUUAUGUAGGCUACUAUUUUAAACUCUGCGAUGUAUUAUUCUGAGGGUAACAUAGAAAUGAAACCUAUAGAAAACUCCAAGACUGAUUGGAGAAGGGCAUUAUUCAUUUACUGAAAGUGAAACUGAAUGUUGCCAAAAAAAGAAACUAGGUGUGGUAGAAAAGAAAAGAGCGAGUGAGAGAGCGAGAGAAAUUUAGAGUGAGUGCAGAAGAAAGAGAAUAAAGAUCACUCCAGUCACCAUCAAAGCUAAUGCAAGAUGUGUGGUGUGAUCAGAGAGGACGGUCUCGUCCCCAGAGCACGCAGCAGUCUUCCGGUGGUGUGUGCUGCUGGACUUGGCCUUCUUAUGCUGGUUUUUGCAUGGAUGCUGGACUCUGACAGCUUCAAGGACAGAGCAGGAAUGUUCCUUUUUUGCCUCAUAGUGCAAAGGUUUUUGCACAGUAUGUGUUUGUUUGCAGAGGAGUGGCUCGUCCAUUCAAGGCAAAGGUAUCAUGGCAGAAUAAAUGAGAUCUUUCAGGCUUGCUUCAAAGGACAUGUCAUUCUGGGAAUGUGUGUAAUAUUCCUGAUGCUAAUGUUUGGUGGCAUUCCCUUUUCUCAUGAGCAGUGGAGCACCAUGGCCAUCACGUGCGCCGGUUACCUGUUGCUCAACAGCCUGGGGGUGCUGGGCCCUGCUCCGGUGGAGAUCUCAGAAAUCUGUGAAGUGAAGAAGAUGAAUGUGGCUCAUGGUUUGGCCUGGUCUUUCUAUAUCGGCUACCUCAAAUUUGUCCUUCCAGAUUUACAGAACAAGAUCAGCCAAUAUUCCUCCACGAGGGCGAAACUGAGCUCUCCACGUCUACAUAUCCUUCUGCCCCUCAACGCUGUGGUCCCAACCAAACCUGAAGAGGAGGACACUAAUGUGGUCUUCCACGAGGACCUUCCACAACUGGAGUUGGACAUAGCAGGGGUACGGAAUCGUAGCUACAAGAAUUGCGUCUACAAGAUCACCCAGAACAAUAAGACUUUUAGCUGUGUUCUGGAAUAUGCCACACCUCUGCUGACGCUGUAUCAGAUGUCCCAGGAGAGCAGCGCAGGGUUUGGAGAAAGAGAACGAAAACAACAGGUCUUGCUGUUCUACAGAACCCUCAGCCAAAUUCUGGAAAAUUCUCUAGAGUGCCGGAACCGUUACAGGCUCGUCCUGCUCAAUGAUGAGCACACAGGUGACCCUCAUUACCUCUCCAGAGUGAUCAUCCAGCACCUGAAACAGCAGGAUGGAGAGAUUCACAUGGAUCCCAUCCAAGAGCCACCAAAUGAAAUCCAUCCAGUUCCAGAAGAGGGUCAGAUUAGGAAUUUUAAGGGUGCGCUGUAUGCCACUUUCCCAGAAGACCAAAUGAGCAGUGAACCCACCCUCAUGUUCAGCCCACCCCAGUCAUUAAGAUCUGAGCCAGUGGAGUCUACUGAUUAUUAGCAGUAGCUAUUAACAGAUGUGUGCUCUGCAUGAUUUCUUGGUUGUUCAGUCAUUAUUUUAUAGAUUUUGAUGUAAUAAUAAAGAAUCCAUUAAACCAGCUGCUAUUCAUAA